UGUAAAAAAAAAAAAACUACUACUUGUUUAGAUGAACUUACAGCGAGAGAAUCGCCUCGCCAGCAGCUUUAACACAUAAACAUAUAGGCUGUGUGUGUGCUGUGCAGAGGGCGACUCCAAUCACCGCCGCUGUUCUGGCUGAAUUUCCCUGACUGACGUCAGCUGACUCUCCGCUCCUCCGGACACAGCGCCGCGUAAAUAUGCUGCUCUCGGUGCCGCCAAGGACAGGAAUCAGCCCGUACGGCGGCUACACCGGCAAAAGCUACAAGAAGACAUAUGUGUCCCCCUCCAACCAUCAGAUGGCUCCUCCUAGCCCCAACAGCAACAGCAAUGGCAACAGCAACAUAACCACCUUCAGCAAUGGCAGCAGCAACAGCAUCAGCGGGGCAGAGCAGCUCAGCAAAACCAACCUUUACAUCCGUGGCCUGCAUCCAGGAACCACAGACCAGGAUCUGGUCAAACUCUGUCAGCAGUAUGGGAAAAUUGUGUCCACCAAGGCCAUCUUGGACAAGACUACCAACAAAUGCAAAGGCUAUGGCUUUGUGGACUUUGACAGUCCGGCCUCAGCUCAGAAAGCAGUGACAGCAUUGAAGGCAGUCGGGGUGCAGGCUCAGAUGGCCAAGCAACAGGAGCAGGACCCCACCAACUUGUACAUCUCCAAUCUUCCUCUGUCCGUGGAUGAAUCGGAGCUGGAGAACAUGCUGAAGCCCUUCAGUCAGGCCAUUUCCACUCGCAUCCUUCGCGACUCCAAUGGGACCAGCCGAGGAGUGGGCUUUGCCAGGAUGGAGUCAACUGAGAAAUGUGAGGCUAUCAUCCAACAUUUCAAUGGAAAAUAUAUCAAAACUCCUCCUGGAGUUCCAGCACCAAUAGAACCUUUGUUGUGUAAAUUUGCUGAUGGAGGCCAGAAGAAGCGUCAGAGCCAAGGCAAAUAUUUCCAGAACGGUCGGUCCUGGACAAGAGACUCAGAGCCUGGAGGAAUGACUCUCACUUAUGAUCCCACUACCACCCUACAGAACGGGUACUAUACCUCUCCCUACAGCAUUGCUCCCAAUCGGAUGAUCGGAACAGCCUCCCUCCCCCAAUACAUGCCUUCACCUGUGUCCACCUAUCAGGUACACAAUCCGUCCUGGCUGCAUCAUCAGUCAUACAUCAUGCCUCCCACAGGAGCAGUCCUCACGUCAGGAAUGGAGCACUCCAUGUCCAUCCAGCCAACCUCGAUGAUAGGACCUCUGACACAGCAGCUCAGCCACCUUUCCAUGAGCAGCAGCGGCACAUAUAUGCCUGCAAAUGCAUCUAUGCAAGGGACUUACAUACCCCCAUAUACCCAAGUGCCUGCCACCAACAUCUCAGUUGAGGAAAGUGCCAUCCAACAGCCUGUUCCCAUUGGUACGCCGACCGAACACACAGUGUACUCCUACCAGCAUAACAAGUGAAAAAAUGUUUUUUCUGGAGCCUGGAGUGACUGUCCGAGGGCCAAAGUGCUGAAACCCGGCUUCGUGACUCUCCACGUAAGGCAUCAGAAACUUGGAGGUUCAGGUGGACACGGACUGUUCCACAUAAAGGACAUAAAAACAAAAGAUAUUUUCCAUGAACGCAUAUUUCAAAGCAAACUGGAGAAUAAUGGGAAAACAGGAAGAACUGAACAAGGAGCGUCUAUUUUGAUAAAACGUCCAACACACUACACACUUUAAAGGUUUUACAUCACAAAUAUGGGUUUCUGAUAUUAUUCUAGUGAGCUAGAAGGAAACCAGGACAAGAAUAUCAUGUUUUAUUUGACUUUUUGUAAAAUAUAAUGAGAUUACUUCUUUUUUUUUUGUCUGAUACUUCAGGUGUUAAACUGCCUUUUUGUAGAUUUUUUUUCAAAUUUAAUUUUAUUCUUUAUUUUGGAGCUCCAAUUUGUGCAAAUAUUUGAUUGAAGUACUUCAAGCUGGCAGUUAUUUUAUUCUCUUAGAUAGGUUGCAAGUUUAUCAGUCAUGAAGCCCUAUUUAAUUAAUAGACUCAGCAAAGCUUCAGACAAUCAUACAAUACAAAGAUUACAUGGGGAUGAAAACUUUGAGAUAAAAGUGAUUGAUGAGAGAUUUAUCAGCGGCGACUUCCUGUGAAGAAUGAUGUAGAUUUAAAGCAUUCCAGAAACAGAGGCAUGCAAAAGAUUUCUUUAAAUGUCUUGCUGCUAGUAGCUGCGUAGGCAAAAGACCUGAUUUGUAAAAGUCAUAAACUUAAAGACGGCAUGUUUACUUUAUUUAUGGAGUGAUUUCUAACAAAAGCAGAGGUGUGCAAAUCAGUGCUUGGUGUCUUUUUCUUAAUUUUAUUAGGAGAUUCUUUCUCAUUGCUCUUCCUCUUUGCUUCUGUGAUUUUCUUGCAUUAUGGAUAUUGUGCAUUAAGUGAAAGCUGAAAGUCGGUUCAUAUUGCACAACACAUUCAGAAUCCAUAUGGGUCCCACUCUUAACCCAGAGUUGUUCUACAUCAAACCUCUGUAGGGAUAUAACACGGGACAAUUAUGCAACUUGCAGAAUCCACAUUAUUUGAUUGCUGACUGGCUUUUUACAGGUCAGUCUGUGAUUUUUUUUUUUUAAGCUAGUUCAUAAGCAUGUUGAGGUUGCUUGAGAAGCCAUCCUGUUUCAGCUUUUGCACACACAGUUCUGUGUUUCCUUCCAGAGUACACAACAUGCCUAGAUUGUUCAGAUUUUAAAGCUAAAAACAAAUAAGUCAGAUUUUGUUGUUGUUGUUAUUAGGAUGCAGUGUUUCCUGCAGUGAUUUUUUUCCAUACAUAGGGUUGGCCGUCAUUUGAAUUUCAACAAUUUCGGUUCUGAAAUUCGGCUUCUUCUUCCGAUUGACAGACUGGGUAUCAAAACUAGGAAUCGGAAUUUAAAUUUUAGAAUGAUUCAAGGAGAAUUGGAAUGUUAAUCCCGGAUCCAAGCGAUUCUCGAGACUCGAUGCCCAACCCUAUCCAUAAAUGUUACAGUUAUAUGGGUGUUGCCUUCACAGGGAUGGGCUCUCCUUCUUCAACCAGCAUUUAUCGUAAGUCAGCCAGUACGGUUGCGUUGGGCACUCCGGGAUGAGCAGCACACCCAAGCUUCCAGUUGGGUUGAGGUCAGGACUACAGGCAGGCUUUUCCAUCCUCUCCACUCCUCAAUCCUGGUGGUAAUCUGGUCCAUAAGAGUGGAGAUAUGGGAUUACAACUGGCUGAGAAUCUGAUCUUCAUUACUCUCUGCAUUGAGAUUGCCUCUGAUGAUUCAAAGCUUCGUUUUUCCUCCUCCAAAGGCUCUUUGGCAUUGGCAGAGAGCAUUUGGCAGGUGUUUUAUGGGUGCUACCUACAUACUGCUGGUCAACCAACAAACAUUUUUCUCAGAGUUUUGGCACCAUAUAAGGGGAAAUAAACAUGCUCGUAUACAUCUCUAACUUUAUGCCUUUUGGUUGUUGGUUCUGUUUGCAAGCAGUGAUUAACAUUUUAGAGACUGAACUUUUGCAUGCCACUGUAAAAUCAGUUAUGAUAAAUAUUCACUCUGAGCUGCUCCACACAGUACAAUCCAAAGCUGGUAAACAGGGAUCAAAACACACACAGCUGCCUGUAAAUAAGAAACAUGAUAUUUGGUUCACAUCAGUCUGCCUGGUCUGGACUUUUCUCACAUCCAUUUAAGAAAAGGUGAAGCUGAGUUUCUGUAGAAGCCCAUGAAAUGGAUUUAAGGAAACAGGAAUGCGAUGCUGUAAGCAGAGUAUGAAGACUGAGGCUCUGCCCUGUUAUAUCUAAAACAAAGAAAACACUAUUAAGGUGAUUAUUUUGGCCAUUAUAGGGAAGCUCUAAUCUGUACUGGCCAUUGUUGUAAUUUUGCCUGCUUUGGUUAUAACCUUUGUUGUUUGAAACAUUUGUUAUUUAAAAAUUUUCUUUUUUAUACUUUUAAAAAUCUUUCCUAUUUUUCAAAGAGGUUCUGAUUUUAUUUUUGAUAGGGUGUUGUUUGUCAACAGGUAGAUUUAAAGAGGUUUUCUUUUCUUUUUUUACAGAUAGUGAUGAUUUGUAUGUUUGCAUCCUUCCUCUAGUUUCACAGUUAGUGUGAAGAAGCUGACCCCUUUUAUUCUGUCUGUGUCACACAUGCUGGCACUUUACAAACCUGACUCCAGGUCAUUGAUAAUGUUAGGUUCAGAUUGUUACAGAGUUGAAACCAAUGCAGUUGGGAGCACUGAUUAAAAAAAAAAAAAUAUAUAUCCAAACCUUCAUUUACCUCAUUCUGCUGGAGAGACGUAGACUCAGUUCUGUUUAUAAGGUUCAAAUGAAGUCAGCACCUAAACAGGCUGCUCACAGCUGGUACUGUGCCCUCAUCCUUUUACCCGUCCGUCCAAACUUCUAAAACUAUACCCAAGGUCUGAUGAUCUAUGCAAGUGAUUUAUUAUCCGGUUAAAUGCAAUACUAUAAACGUUCAAAAAGACACCUCAGACUAUGACAAUUGUUAACCUCACCAAUAUGGCUUUACAUUCAUGGCUUUUAUCUUUUAUAAACAUGUUUUCCCUUUCUGACACAGGCACAUUUGUUGGCAUGGGCUACAGCUAUUACACUUUAAAGUUCCCUCAGUUGACAGAAAGGUUCUGAUUAACUGGAGUUUUCUCUAUAAAGCGUGGAGUAAUAAGGCCCCCUUAUUACUCCACCCCCUCCCCUGCCUGUUGCUGUACACUGCCGGUCAGCUGGCUGAAAGAAGGCAACUACGUUUUCCCCAUAUUUACAGAAAAGACCAAUUCAGCCAUUUGGAAACAGUUGAGGUGGGGAAACUAAAGGAGUCGCCCCAUCACCUCCGCCCACCCCCAUUCACUCCUAUUGAACGCCUAUUUAAAGCUCAGCUGGAUGGCUAAGCAAAAGAAGUUACAUCAUGUUAUACAUUUUGGUGUUAAAUUAAAUUGUUGUAUUUUUAGUUGAGGCUUUCAUACAGUGAGAAUCCCACGAUGAACCCUGCCAACAUAUUCAACAUUGGUCUGACAUUGUUCCCUUAUAACGUUGCAACUCUGCCAACAGUGACAAUGUAGGAAAUGUAUAGGCUCGGAUAUAUAACAUGGCAGGUGUAAUUUUACAUGGAUGAAGAUGACAUGAUUUCCUUUAUCUGUGAGUCCAUCCCAUCCAGUUUCUGGGUUUUUGUUGAGACAUUUUUCCCAGUUUGCUGCAAGGUAAUUUUGAAAGUUUUCCCCUUCUCUUUAAGACAGAAAAUGCCUUAGAUCCUACUGGAAGGUAUUGUAAUAUGCUACUCUGUUGUGCUGGGUUUGAUCUCUGGAUUUGUUUUCAUGCACUGCAGAUGUUACACUUUUUCGGGUAAAGCUGUCAGAAUGGACAUGUUUGAGCUCCAAAUUCUGGUUUUAUUGGUUCAGACCUAAACAUUCAAGUAAAUACAUGCUGCUGCUAAUUUGGGAUGUUUAUCUCUUUGUUUAAGGUCAUUUAUUUUUUCACACAUGAGGUCAACUUGUAACUUUUGUUUAAUGUCUAUGAAUUCUUGUUUCCUGCAUCAGUUUCUCCUCAGUAGUGCUUGUGCCAUGAUGCAGGUUUUUUGUUCUUCCCAGAUGAAGGUUAAACCAUCCCAGUUUGAAGUUGUCACAUGGUUUGAAAUUUUAAAUAAAUUGUUUUUCACUAUA